UUCUGGUGGAGGAAAUAAAAAGCCGCCAUGGCGUACAUAACCAGCUGUUGUCGGAUCGUGGACCAUCAUUUUUGUCAAAGUUGAUGCUGGAGGUGAGCAGAGUAAUGGGAGUUAAAAAAGGAGAGCGGCCGAGCGCAGUAGCCAAAUUCAUGACAGAAACAGCUAUACAUUCCCUACAGGAGAGAAAACCAGUGCGCAUCUUCACUGGGAGCAAACAGUUUCUCUCCAUUAUAUGCAGCGGCAUUCUCUCCACCUUCUACUGUGUAUGAACAAUAGAU